AUGCAGAACGAUAUCAAUCAAGUUUAUCACGUCGACGGCCUCCUGAAGCACGAACAAAAUCGUGCUUUUGCUGACCUAAGACGUCCCACAGACGGUCGUGCAGAAUGGACAAGUGCAAACGACGGCCAGGACCUAUGGACUGCUGGUGACUCUUUUGAUUGUUGUCGACCGUUGGGAGUUGAAGAAGUAGACCGGCGCCAAAACCGUGUCUACACAAUGCCAGUUAAUGCUCUCGGAAGCUGUGAUUUUAGCGAUGCCCAUUUUAUGCAGCGCAUCAUGUCUGGGCUUGUCUGCUUGUACCCGUCUGUCUGGCUGACCACUCUCCCAAUGAGUCGUUGA